GCACACACGGCAUCACUCCAUAAAGCUUGCGAUUGUUCCCGACUCUCCAACUUCCCUUCAUCUCACACUAUAUUGCUCCCCGCACCUUCUUGCUAACCAAACAACCAACUCCAGCUCCUAUGUUGUUGCAUUUUCUCGCUCCUUCUCUCGCUUAUAGUCAUUCAGCCUAGUGAUAAUUUAAGAAGAUGAGCCUAGUAGCAGACUCUAACACGUUUGAUGCAAUAAGCCAUUUGUUCAAUAUCCCUGAGAGCAUCGAGAAGUUCAUGAUCCAUUCACGCCCAAAUGACACAAAUGAGAAUAUGGAUGUGGGAAGCAUUCCUGUGGAUAUCUUGGACACCCUUAAAGAGUACAUUUUCUACAUGGAUGUGCCUGGCUUGUCCAAGUUUGAUAUUCAGGUGACUGUUGAAGAUGAGAACACUCUGGUGAUUAAAAGUGGAGGGAAAAGGAAACGGGAAGAUGGUGAGGAGGAAGGCUGCAAGUACAUAAGGCUUGAGAGGAGGGCACCUCAGAAGCUGAUGAGGAAGUUCCGAUUGCCUGAAAAUGCCAAUGUAUCUGCCAUUAUUGCUAAAUGCGAAAGCAGGGUUCUGACCGUUGUUGUCGAGAAGCAUCCUCCUCCACCUAAGCCGAAAAAGGUUGAAGUUACUGUCUCUUGAAGAGGGAGAUUCUUGUGUAGAUGGUAUAGGAUUUUAGGCUUGAAGUUGUGUUACUGUCAA